CAAACAUUCAACCCAUGGGUUGAUGCGUAUACGAAAAGCAUAAGACUUUUUUUGUUUUUACUUCAAACGGUAGAGGGUUGGAUUGAAAGACUUUUCUUAACGUGGGACUCAGAUCUUAAAGAAAUUUGACAUGGGUUUUCCAAGCUCUCCAAUCACAAUUGAGGACAUGUUACUUUCAAUCCUUUCUGAGCUUUGAGUUUGAUGGGUGUGUGUUUGUUUUUCAAGUGAUUGAUUAUAUGAAAGUUUGGUGCUACUGCUACCAAGGCUGCCCAACUUUUCCAUGACAUAUAUUAUAAGGUCGGUUGAUAGAUCCAUGCCCCCCACUGCAGUAGAAUCUGAUAAUUGUUGAGGAAGAGAAAUGGGUGGUGAAGAAGAAGAUCGGCAAGCACCCUUACUAAGUAGCCCUUCAUCACCUGAUGACCAUCAGGAGGACCCUCGCAAAAGAACUGGGACCGAGUGGACGGCUAUAGCACAUGUAAUAACAGGAGUGAUUGGGGCAGGAGUUUUGUCUCUUGCUUGGAGCGUGGCUCAGCUUGGGUGGAUUGCAGGUCCACUGCUCAUGAUUGCGUUUGCAGGCAUAACCAUUGUAUCCACAAACCUUCUGUGUGACUGCUAUAGAUACCCUGAUCCUGAACAUGGCCCCUCUAGAAUCAGGUCCUAUAUGGAGGCUGUCAAACUGUAUUUGGGUGAGAGAUUCAAUCCCAUUUUUUCUAAUUAAUUUAUUUUUUGUCAUCACAUC